UGCACACUGGCCCACAUUCUUGUGCAGCCGGAUAACUUCGAACCCAUGCAUAUAGAGCUAUACUGAGCUAUAAUUAAAACCUGAGACUGUGCCUUUUGAGAUAGUAAAGAGCUACAAAACAAUGGCUACCCAAAAACAGCAUCUCCCUGGUUGUCAUACAAUACUGACCAAUGACAACAGGCUUCAACAUUACCAGGUGAUUAAGAGACCAGAGAGUGACACACCAUACUUCAUGCUAUGGGUGAAAUCUGAGAAAUUCCCGGCAAAACAGUUGGUCUAUAUCGACACCAGUGAGCAACGAAUGCUGUACAAUCCUAUUACUGCUAUAAUUAUGAAUGCCCAGAAACAGGUUCUGCACAACAUGCUCACCACGUGUAUAGUGACCACACACAAUGUCACACAAUACGCACUUCCAUAAUUAUGUGCUUAUCAAUUAAUAUCAGUAUACACAUGCAUGCACAUGCACUACCUCACAUCCUUACACACUGCCCCACAUCUGCCACAUGAACUGCCAUAUGAACUGCCCCACAUCGAUCCUUAGGCACAUAAUUACCUUGAACCCAUGCUUAAUAAUGGCUAUGCUGCUACCACUGAGCAGACUACCACUGAGCAGGCUACCAUUGAGCAGGCUACUACUGAGCAAGCUACCACUGAACUCUAAAAGUUGGCAAAAAUCUGAGACUGUGCCUUUUAAGAGAAGAAAAAGCAGCACAACCAUAGCUACCCCAAAACAGCCUGGUCAUCAUACAAUAAAGGGCAUUGAGCCCAGGCUUCAACCAUUUGAGUCGACAGGUUAUAUAACACUCUUGGAAUCAAAAGCUUUAACAGAGAGACAGCUAGCUACUAUGCCUGACAACACGUUGUAUAUUGCGAAGUUUUCAAAUGUGAAGAAUCAGGCGGCAUAUCUCAACACUUCCAAGCGCACGUUGAGUUACAGAUUCCCUGAAAAUUCAGAUUAUUCAGUUUUUAUGAUGAUCAAUAAUGAUGGCAACGAAACUAACAACAAAUACUACUGGACAACCUUCGUCCAGCAAUCCCAAUACCUGUCUGUUACAAAACUCCGGCAGAGCAAUGAUAAAAAUCAACUCUCAUUCAUUCCAGGAGAAAAACCUAUUUGGGAAGUGGAAGGUCAGAAAGGCAAACCUACUGCCCUGGCUUUCAAGCAAUUCUUUGAUGGUAAAACUUACUAUCUAAGCACAUUUGAGGACGACGAAAUGAAGGACGCAGUGGGCGUUACUGAAGGACCACUUUCUAAAGCUACAUACCCUAUCAGGAUUCACCAAGUGCUAAAUUACACCUCCGAUGAUCUAUCAUUUUAGACUGUGGAAGUACGGACUGACAUGGCGGUAGCAUUAAAAUCAUUGAGUAGAGAAAGAAGUGAACAGUAUAAAUUAUACGGUAUUUGAAUUAGUGACUUAGUGACUUAGUUAUUUCAGAUUUUAUGCUUCUAGUUGCACGGUACAUGAUUUAUUUCUACAUACAAUGCAAUGAUUUAUGACAAAGC